CAGGAAGUAAAUAAACUGCGUUCCCGCGCAGUCAAAUCGAUUCGGCGAGCUAUCUCGGUUUAAAAAAAAAAAAUCCGAGGAAAAUGGACGAGCUAUAUUUGGACAAUAUUGACGAGUUUGUCAACGACCACAACAAGAUCGUAACUUAUAAAUGGCUGAGCCAAACACUCGGAGUCCAUGUCAACACAGCUAAACAAAUGCUUUACCAUUACUUGGAGCACAAGCGAAACGAGAGCUCACCUCAGCUCCACGCUACUUAUCUUGUGUCAGGGAAAUCUGUGGACAACGGUCAAACCUGUCACAAAGUGUCAGUUGUCAGAGAAGAGCAGCUGGAAGAUUUUAAAUUAAAGAUGUCUCUGGUAGCGAGCGUUCAUGUCUACAGCGUGCAGAAAGCGUUACUGAGAGACAGCGGCCCCCUCUACGGUGUUGACUAUGAUGUUGUGAAAGACAAUCUAAAGAACUGCAGCAAAUACAGUGCCAUACGGUGCUCCAGCGCAGUACCCAUGUCCUCCAUGGAGCUGCAGCAGGCGCGGGAAAAGGUGCAAGCAUCGACAUCUGUGCCUGAAAACAAAACAUCCGCCUUCAAUGGGGACAAAGGUGUGACUUCCAAACCAACAAGCAAGCCACCAAAAGGCAUCAUGGGACUGUUUUCAAAUAAAUCUACAUCGAAGAAUCAAGACGGCAGCAAAGAUGUUAAACCUGAACAGAAAGAAGAUGUUCCUGUGAUGGAUCCUCCUAAAAGUAAACCAUCUGUAAAGGCCAAUCCGAUAGCGAACUUCUUUGGGAAUCAAACAAAGAAACCUGAAAAACCCAUAAAGGAGGAGCGGGAGGCUCAGUCGUCCGUCACAGCUGAGCACAAACAGAGUUCCCAACAGAAGGAAGAGCCAGAACCUGCAGCCGAGCAGCAGCCAAAAGACGUCAAGACAGACUCCAGGAGCAAAACUAAACGUAUUGAAGAAUCUGAUGGUGAGGAGGAGAAAAUGGAGAAGAAAAAGAGGCGACGGAUCAAACGACCAGAACCAGACAGCAGCGAUGAAGAUGUCAUCCCCGAUUCUCCACAGCCGCCGGAAACAAAAGAACCAAGUCCUGAAAAGGACGUUGAGGCUCCUCAACUUUCACAAGGAACUGCAACCAAAACAAGGAAGAGGAGACGAGUCCUGAAGUCUCAUACAUUUCAGGAUAAUGAAGGAUGCAUCGUGACAGAAAAAGUCUACGAGAGUGAAUCUUAUUCUGAGACGGAGGACGAUUUCCAACCUGCCAAACGAGCUCCGAGAGACUUUAAAGCUAAACUUCCAUCAAGUAGCAAAGAGAAGGAGAAAAAAGCUGCGAAGAAAUCUUCAGCGAGCUCGCAUAAAGGAACGAAACAAGCUUCUAUUAUGGGAUUCUUUCAAAAGAAAUGACAGACGACAGUUCUGAACAGUUUCUUUGUUUUUUUUAUUUGACGUCUUAGAAUGAUUUAUUUUGUUACAACCAACUCUGUUCAGACAGACGACUGAAAGGAGAACGUCUACUGUAGAAAAGACUUAAACAAUGAAGUGUUGAGUUCAGGGCAUUUUACUUUUGUGCAACU